AUGGCAUCAGACGAAGCUGCGCAGAGGUUUGAAACCCUUCAGAUCCAUGCUGGACAGGCUCCCGAUCCUGCUACAAAGUCUCGUGCUGUUCCGGUCUAUCAAACCACGUCCUUCACUUUCGAUGACUCGGCCCAUGGCGCGAGGCUGUUUGGCCUCAAAGAGUUUGGAAAUAUUUACAGUCGAAUCAUGAAUCCUACUGUGGACGUUUUUGAAAAGCGAGUUGCCGCUCUCGAAGGAGGUGUUGCGGCUGUGGCCACUUCCUCGGGUCAAGCCGCUCAAUUUCUCGCCAUCAGUGCUCUCGCUCAUGCUGGCGACAACAUCGUCUCAACCUCCAAUCUCUAUGGUGGCACCUACAAUCAAUUCAAAGUCUUCUUCCCUCGCUUGGGAAUCAACACAAAGUUCGUCAAUGGAGAGGAUCCCAAAGACAUUGCGGCAGCCAUUGAUGACAAGACCAAGGCGGUCUAUGUCGAGACAAUUGGCAACCCUCGAUACAACGUUCCCGACUUUGAAGCCAUUGCCAAAGUAGCCCAUGAGAAGGGUGUUCCUUUGGUCGUGGACAACACGUUUGGCGCAGGUGGCUACUUCGCUCAACCCUUCAAGCAUGGUGCAGACAUCAUUGUACAUAGUGCAACCAAAUGGAUUGGUGGUCAUGGCACCUCAAUCGGUGGUGUCGUUGUCGAUUCCGGUAAAUUCGACUGGGCUGCCAACGCCAAGAGAUUCCCUCAGUUCAACGAUCCUUCCCCUGGCUACCACGGAUUGAAAUUUGUUGACACUUUCGGCGCCCUAGCGUUUAUCAUCAGAGUCCGAGUAGAAAUCUUGCGAGACGUUGGUGCAUGCUUGGCACCCUUUAAUGCUCAACAAUUCAUCCUUGGUCUUGAGACACUGAGCUUGAGAGGCGAGCGACACGGUCAGAAUGCGCUGAAGCUGGCCAAAUGGCUCGAGACUCGACCAGAAGUCGCAUGGGUCUCGUAUCCUGGUCUCGAAAGCCACCCAAGCCACCAGUUGGCCAAGAAGUACCUGCCCCGCGGCUUCGGAGGUGUCUUGUCGUUUGGUGUAAAGGGCGGAGCAGAGGCAGGCUCACAGGUGGUUGAUGGAUUCAAGUUGAUCUCCAACUUGGCAAAUGUCGGAGACGCGAAGACCCUUGCCAUCCACCCAUGGUCAACAACACAUGAACAGCUCGAAGAGCAAGAACGAUUGGACUCGGGAGUGACCCCAGAUGCCAUCCGCAUAUCGGUGGGAAUCGAACACAUCGAUGACAUUAUUCAAGAUUUCACACAGAGCUUUGAAGCAAGCGCAGCUGCAGGCAAAGAUCAGGGAGCGGACAAGGACAAUGCCACGAUUCAGCCAAAGCCAACGACUGAAGGCGCACUCAGUGGGGCUACCUAA